UACGUAUCCCUAAUAAUAACAACCGGUCAGACGGAUUUAAUUAAGUGGUGUGUGUUCUUAGUGAAAUUAAAUUAUUAAAUUAACGCGUCGGGAAAUCUCUCUCCUUAUUGCAUUUAACCAUACUAUACUUUUGUUGGCGAUGAAAUUAAAGUGUAAAAAGCGCACAUAAUCCUCUUGGAAAAGAAUUGCAGACGUGUUAUUAUUCUCUGCAUUCGCAAACUGACGUAAAACAACAAAUUGUAUCUCUUUUCACCGAAAAAAACUCUACAUGAAAUUAAUGAAGCGGUAAUAUUUACUACAAAUUGAAUAAUACAACUUCGAGAAUGAGAAGACCAAACGUUAAAUGGCUUUUUAAGACUGCAUGUUUGCUGAUAAUAGCUGGUACGCUAUUUAUUCUCCUAACGGGAUACCUAUCUGCCAGUCCGUAUACCAACAAACCAACAUUUAUACAAAAGCCAAUUGUUGCCGCACAUGUUGCACAAAAACCUCCCAGUCAACAUGACCGGCAUCAACCUUUGGCGGAUGUUGUUGAGCAACCAGUUGGUCCAGCUCCGGAGGAAAACAGGCCACCAAAGGUAGCUCCUGUUGAACAACCAAAAAUAAAAAGUGAUGAAAACAAUGUAGACAAUGAUGCUGUCAACAAUGAAUUAUUGGAAGAAGAACGUCAACAGCCGCAAUUGCUGCCACCCAGCCAUACGAAGAGGGAUUGGCACGAUUACACUGCUAUGGAACGGGAUUCCAAGCGCGUAGGUUUUGGAGAGCAAGGAAAGAGGGCCUAUAACAACGACGAGUCCACAAAAGACUUAGAGCGGAAAAUGUCCCUGGAAAAUGGUUUCAAUGCAUAUUUAUCAGAUAUGAUUUCGGUGAACCGUUCAGUACCAGAUAUACGUAAUAAGGGUUGCCGCAAUAAACUGUACGAUGGCGAGUUACUCACGGUUAGUGUAGUAAUUCCAUACUACAACGAGCACUUUAGUGUGUUGGUCCGUUCCAUACAUAGUUUAGUCAAUCGGUCACCUCCAGAGUUACUCAAGGAGAUUAUAUUGGUGGAUGAUUUUAGUGACCGUGAAUAUCUAUUCAAACAACUUGAUCAGUACGUGGCAGAGAAUUUUCCAAAUCUGGUACAAAUUAUUCGCUUAAAGAAGCGCACGGGACUAAUAGGUGCGCGUAUGGCUGGUGCACGCAAAGCUACUGCGGAUGUUUUGAUAUUUUUGGAUUCGCAUAUAGAAGCCAAUUACAAUUGGCUGCCACCAUUGCUGGAACCAAUUAAAUUUAAUAAACGUACUGCUGUAUGCCCUUUCAUUGACGUUAUUGAUCACAGCAACUUUGAAUAUCGCGCCCAGGAUGAGGGAGCUCGCGGAGCUUUUGAUUGGGAGUUCUACUAUAAACGAUUGCCUUUGCUACCGGAAGAUUUGGUGGAUAGGACCAAACCGUUUAAAAGUCCUGUUAUGGCAGGUGGCCUCUUUGCAAUUUCUAGAGAAUUCUUUUUUGAGCUCGGUGGCUAUGAUGAGGGACUGGAUAUUUGGGGAGGUGAACAAUAUGAACUAAGUUUCAAAAUAUGGAUGUGUGGUGGUGAAAUGUACGAUGCGCCCUGCUCUCGUAUUGCCCACAUAUACCGAGGUCCACGUAAUAGCAUGCCCAGCCCUCGUAAAGGUGACUACGUUCACAGAAACUAUAAACGUGUAGCUGAGGUAUGGAUGGACGAAUACAAACAAUAUUUGUACGAGCAUGGCCAGGGAAUAUAUGAAAAUAUUGAUGCUGGAGAUCUUACCGAGCAAAAGGCUAUACGUGAAAAACUUCACUGCAAAUCGUUUAAAUGGUUCAUGGAAAACGUUGCAUUUGAUUUGACAAAAGUAUAUCCACCCGUUGAACCGGCUGACUAUGCUUACGGAGCCAUACAAAAUGUAGGUACGCCUACUUUGUGCGUUGAUACUCUUGGAAAGCCUCGACAUUCAGACAUUGGAUUAUACCCAUGUCACGAAGACUUAAAACGACCGCAGCGUAAUCAAAAUUGGGCACUUAGUUGGCACAGGGAUCUGCGCUUACGUCGAAAACUCGACUGCUUAGAUGUACAACAGACACACAAAAAUGCCCCCGUUUGGCUUUGGGAUUGCCAUGGCCAAGGUGGCAAUCAAUUCUGGUCUUACGACAGAGAGCACAAAUGGCUGGUGCAUGGACGAAAUCACGGCAGUAACAAACGGUGUCUGGAAGCCUCACCUAAAGAUAGAAAGCUUUAUGUUAAUAUCUGUGACGAAGAUAACCUCUACAUGCAAUGGAACUUUGGAGUUGUCAAUAACACAGCUUUAGACAGCUUUUGGGAAGAUAUUCCAAGCUCGCUGUAGGUAUUGAAUGUACUGGUUAAGAGUACCAUGUAUUCUGUACUUAAGAGCUCAACUGUGUGUCACAGAUUCCUCAAAAUAAGACUAGUAGAAGAUAUAUCUUUACCAUACAUCUAAAUGAUUUCAAACGCACAAUGUAAACUUCGUAACUAGUGUAACACGAGCCACGUUCUAAUGCCAAGUAUUUACUUUUACAUUUCCAAGAUUGCCAAUUUAUUUUUUUCUAAUUUUAAGUCUUUUGGAACAUUUCACUGCAUUAUCUAAUAUAUGUAAGGAAAUAUGCCGUGUGCAAUUAGUUAAUCGUAUUGUUAUAUAUUAUACAAGAAAAGUCUCAAUAAAGCAAUAGAAUUUACAACUCA